UCGUGUGGUAAUAGCGGCCAUCCCAUUCGGCCAGUUGUAGCCAUCGCCUUCCUCCUCAGAUCCGCUUCUCCUCCUCCUCUUUCUCUCCCUUUCUCUCGCUCCCUUCUCUUCUUAGCCGUGGGCAACAUUGGAUCCUUGCGACACAAGGCAGCGAUAAAGGGGAAAACUUAGAAGAGGCAGAGGAACAUGUCGUGCUCUUCGACGUCAGGGUCGGAGGAGGACGAGGGCGUCGAUGCCUACCGGAAGGGAGGGUACCACGCCGUCAGGGUCGGCGAUCAGUUCGCCGGUGGGAGGUACAUCGCCCAGCGGAAGCUCGGGUGGGGCCAUUUCUCCACCGUCUGGCUCGCCUAUGACACUCGAGCUCAGAAUUUUGUUGCUCUCAAGAUUCAAAAAAGUGCACCGGAGUUCGCUCAAGCUGCUCUCCAUGAGAUUGAGCUUCUCUCGGCAAUUGCUGAAGGAGAUGCCUCAAAUUCCAAAUGCAUAGUUCGAUUAGUUGACCACUUUAAGCAUUCUGGUCCAAAUGGGCAGCACCUUUGCCUGGUAAUUGAGUUCCUUGGGGAUAGCCUACUUCGGCUUGUCAAGUACAACCGUUACAAAGGCAUUGGGUUGGACAGGGUGAGAAACAUAUGCAGGUCCAUCUUGGUAGGUCUUGAUUAUUUGCACAGGGAAGUUGGCAUCAUUCACACAGAUUUGAAACUGGAGAAUGUUCUUCUUCUGUCCACCAUUGAUGCUUCAAAAGACCCAGUUAGGUCUGGAUUUACUCCGAUUCUCGAGAGGCCAGAGGGCAACCCAAAUGGUGGAGUAGUGGUCAAUGUGAUUGAAAAGAGGCUGAAGGAAAAGGCAAAGAGGGCAAGGGCGAGAAUCUCUGAGAGAAGAGCAUCAACUGCAGGAAAUUUGCAGCUAGAAAGAAGCUUGGAAGGGAUUGAUCUUAGAUGCAAGAUUGUGGAUUUUGGGAAUGCUUGUUGGUGUGAUAAACAAUUAACUGAUGAUAUCCAAACUAGACAGUACAGGUCACCAGAGGUCAUUCUUGGUGCUGGAUACUCCUCCUCUACUGAUAUGUGGUCUUUUGCCUGCAUGGCUUUUGAGCUUGCUGCAGGAGAUAUGCUAUUUACACCUAAAAAUGGUCAAGGAUAUAGCGAAGAUGAGGAUCAUUUGGCUUUAAUGAUGGAGCUCCUUGGGAAGAUGCCCAAAAAGGUUGCUACGAUGGGAUCCCGAUCGAAGGAUUACUUUGACAGGCAUGGAGACCUGAAGAGGAUCCGUAGACUGAAAUUUUGGCCACUAGAUCGGCUACUUGUUGAGAAAUAUAAAUUUCCUGAGGUUGAUGCUCGUGAAUUUGCGGAGUUUCUUUGCCCUCUACUUGAUUUUGCCCCAGAGAAGCGACCAACAGCGGAACAGUGUCUGCAACAUCCAUGGCUUACAAUGAAAGAAGUAAAACCUGAUAGUGAAAAUACUGAAGCAGGCAUGGGAAAGCUGGAGACUGGCAUGAGUAAGCUUAAGGUUCAGAUGAGCAGGUGAGCAGCUGCUGCUACAUAGUGCUCCCAAGCAUGGUCCAGUAACGGUCAUGUCUAAUCCUUUCUACACGUUCAAUUUGAUUGCUCGAAAUUGGAUCGAUUUCGACAUAUUUGGAGAAAGCAGCUUCAACACAGUAACAUGGGGCUAACAAGCAAUAACACCAUCAGACUAUGAUGUGUAUUUUGCAAAAUAUAUAUAUUUUCUUAUUUCUGUAAGUGGUUAUAAAAAUUGGGUGAUGACUAGGUGGGAAUAAGGAAGGUGCCUCACAUUGUUUCAUGCUUUACAGGCUAACCUUUAGAGGAUAUCACCUACUUGUGUUGGGAUAGUGGAGAACCUCAACCCUAUAGUUGUCGACAUUGCUUGAGACUUGAUGACCUUUAGGUUUUGAGGAACUGUGUGGUGUGGUGUAUUCUUUUUGGUGUUACAUUUAAUUAUUUGUUUACAAGUUGUUGAUAACAUAUUCUCAUUAAGGAGAUUCACAUUACUUUGGAACA